UGUCUGCGCCCAUGAGGUAGCAGCAUUUGCUUCGGAACGUCCAGCUUUUCAAAAACAAACACAUUUUACCAACCUGAUAAACAACUACUGUCGAGCGUUUUAUCGUUUCUUGAAGAAACUUAAAUUAUCAAUGGAGCCAAGAUAAUGCUGAUCUGGCGCUGCCUAUGGAGGUUAGAUGGAAAUAUCUAUUUUACCAACUGAUACCUUUUUUUUUCAGCUGACCCAUAAGCCAUGAGGAACUUAAAACUUGCAAAGUCAACAGCAAUCCAUCUGCCAGAGCUCAGUAAUUCUCAGCACAUAAGUGUAGACUAUGACACGGGUAUAUUGUAUGCUGGAACGAGGCAUGGGGUGAUAGGAUUUGACCCAAGAACAAGACAGUUGACUGGCUCCACAUCUUUGGUUGAGGCUGGAUACCUACCAGCUGAUGGCAAGGGUAAAAUAGUGGGACUGCAACAUCUUCCUGAUCAAAUGUCUGUAUGUGUGGCUACUUAUGAAGGAGAUGUAAUCAUCUGGAACACAGUAUCUGUCGAGUUGGAGUGUGUUGGCAGUGUGGAGAGUGGACUGAGGUGGAUGAGUUGGAGUCCAGACCAGGAACUGGUGGUACUUUCCACUGGAAACAACACUUUGAUUAUGAUGACCAAGGACUUUGACCCACUGACAGAGGUACCAAUGAAUCCUGAAGGAUUUGGGGAAGACCAGUUUAUCACAGUUGGGUGGGGGAAAAAAGAGACUCAGUUCCAUGGAUCAGCUGGCAAGGCUGCUGCUGUUCUGAAAAAAGAAGCAUUAACACCAGCUCUUCCAUGGGAUGAUGGCAUGCCUUGCAUCAGCUGGAGGGGAGAUGGUCAGUUCUUUGUGGUUAGCUCCAUCAGUCCAGAUACAGGAGCUAGAAAAUUACGUGUGUGGAGCAGGGACUGUGUCUUACAGUCUACCAGUGAAAACUUGGAUGGAUUGGAACAUACCCUGUCGUGGAGACCAAGUGGCAAUCUGAUUGCCUCAGUCCAGAGAAAGCCAAACAAAUAUGAUGUUGUGCUCUUUGAGAAGAAUGGGCUAAAGCAUGGAGAAUUUACUAUGCCUUUUCAAAGAGAUGAAGUUCUGAUAACCGAGUUACAGUGGAACAAUGAUUCCACAGUUUUAGCGGUAGUUUGUGAAAAGCUCAACAAUGGUGCAGAAGAGGAAAGUUCUAGGUCUUAUGUUCAGUUAUGGACUGUCAACAACUACCAUUGGUAUUUGAAGCAGACACUGAUCUGGGAUAAGUCACAAUUUGACAAAGCUACUUCAAUAUUGUGGGACCCAGAACAUGCAUUAACGUUGCACAUUGUGUCCAGUGAAGGCAACUACAUGCAGUACACAUGGUCCUUUGCCACUGACUGUAGUCUUGGAGGCAGUGAAAAUGACCAGGCAAAUGUGGCUGUGAUAGAUGGAAGUCGGGUUCUUAUUACCCCAUUUAGGUCCAUGGUUGUGCCUCCUCCCAUGUGUGCAUAUCACAUACAGCUACCUGAGCCAGUCGAUCAAGUCGUCUUUGCCCAACACCCACAUUCUGAAAGAAUGGCAAUCCUGAUGGCAGAUGGAAGGAUUGCUAUAUAUAAUUUUUCAAAGGAAGAUCAGGAUUCAUUCAGAAAUAAGAGUGCCAUCACACAUGAUGCUUCAGUUAAAAUACAAGCUGGUGGUAAUGGUUUCCAAAUGCCGUGUGUGCCACCAAGACUAAGUGGAAUCUUCAGUGCCCAAGUUGAAGAGAGUAGUAACCAGUCUAAUCAUCCAUUGGGGAUCUCUCACCUGGUGUGGGUGAAUCCUACUUGUAUCCUCUUUGUCAUGCCAUCAAAUAGCGGGAACUCUUCCUUAUGUCAAGCUGAACUGAUUGAAAAUGCAGACAACAAAACAUAUACUGUACGUGAAACGUUUGAGCUAGAAGAAAAGGUUAUUUGUAUGUGCAACUGCCCCAGUGCACAUGUUGCCAUCCAAUUGGCCAGUGGCUCACUUUUAAAAUAUCAGCACGAUAGUGGACUCGUUUUGCCAUGGGAAUCUUUGGAUGGACAUGAGGUUCACUUUCCACAACCAUGUAUGCAAAUGGCUGUAUGUACCAUAGGAGAAGAGGAGGUUGUUAUAGGUCUAACAGAGAGAUACAGGUGCUAUGUAAAUGAAAUGGAGGUAGCCUCUAAUUGUACCUCAUUUGCCAUUCAUGAAUCAUUUUUAUUGCUGACUACACUGUCUCACACUCUGAGGUGUAUAAGUCGCAGUAUCAGAAUUAAAGACCUUCCAUCUCUCUCUGAUGGUAAGGCACAUCCAUUUGAUGAAAGUAUAAGAAGAAUAGAGCGUGGAUCUCGCAUUGUGACAGUUGUGCCCGAUGAUACAAAGUUAAUCCUACAGAUGCCCAGAGGGAAUUUGGAAACCAUUCACCCAAGAGCCUUACUGCUGUCUGCUAUUAGAAAAUAUCUGGAUAGGUUGGAGUUCAAAUUAGCCAUAGAACUGAUGAUGAAGCACAGAAUCAAUAUGAACUUGAUUUAUGACCAUAAUCCUGAAGUAUUUCUGGAAAAUGUCAAGAAAUUUAUUCAGCUUGUUGACUCUCCAACGCAUAUUAAUUUGUUCCUGGCAGACCUUCAAGAAGAAGAUGUUACUAUUACUAUGUACCCAGGGAUAUAUGGUAGGGUAAAACCAAUGGAAGAUGAUGACAGCAAACCAGUGAAAGUGGAUAGAGUGUGUGAUGCAGUGAGAACAGCAUUAGAGCAACUGAAUGCUGAUAAGUAUUUCUUGUGCAUUUUGACAACACAUGUGAAAAAGAGAGUGCCAGAACUGGACCUUGCCUUGCAGAAAAUCAAAGAUUUAAAAGGCAACAAUCCAGUGGGAAUGAAUGAGUCUCUGAGACACUUACUCUACCUUGUGGAUGUGAAUGAGCUGUACGAUGUUGCACUGGGCACAUAUGAUUUUCACCUGGUAUUGAUGGUGGCAGAAAAGUCACAAAAGGAUCCCAAGGAAUAUUUACCCUUCCUGAAUCAUCUGCAGUCCUUGGAAAGCAACUACCAGAAAUUUACAAUCGAUAAUCACCUGAAGAGGUAUUCUUCAGCUCUUGGACACAUUGCCAAGUGUGGUCCCAGUCAUUUCUCAGAGUGCCUUACACUGGUAAAAGAUCACAGCUUAUAUGCACAAGCUCUUCAGCUCUUUGAUAAAACCACCCAGGAGUACAUGGAAAUUGCCAGUGCAUAUGGGACACAUCUGUCUGACAAGAAGCAGUAUGAAGAUGCGGGGCUAAUGUAUAGCAAAGCAGGGGACCAUGAGAAAGCUUUGAAUGCAUUUGUAAAGGCUCUUAGCUGGAGAAUGGCUCUCAUUAUGGCUGCAAAGCUACAGUAUGAAGAAACUAAAAUGAAUGACUUAUCUAGAAUGCUUGUCACUGAAUUGAAGAAUGCUGGAAGGUUCACUGAAGCAGCUUGUAUCCUUGAGCAGUAUAUUAAAGACAUAGAAGAGGCUGUUGUAGUUCUGAUUGAGGGCUGCCAGUGGGAAGAAGCACUGAGACUGAUGCACAAAUGGAAAAGAACAGAUUUUAUUGAAAGCAACUUAAAAGCUGCAUUAUUGGAAAAGUGUGAGCAGCAGCUGAAUUUCAUAGAAGACACUCAAGAAGUUUUUCAGAAGCACAAAACUCGCUUGGUAAUUGUUAGGAAGGAAAAGGAAAGACAGAGGCUUGAAUUGCUAGAAGGCUGUGGCACAUAUAAUGAUGCAGAUGCAGAUUUAUUCUCUGAUGCUAGUAGUGCCACAGGGGAAAGUAUUCAGUCCUCCAAGUACACCACCAGUAGUCAGAGGUCGUCAGUAGCCUCCAGGACAUCAGGAAAGUCAUCUAAAAAUCGCAGAAAAACCGAAAGAAAAAAGUGGAGCCUAAAAGAAGGCAGUGCACACGAAGACUUGGCCUUAGUGGAAGCUUUGUCCAACUAUAUAACUUGCACAGAGCAGAUGAAAGAUGAAAUAAAAAGUCUUCUGCAUAUGCUUGUGAUGUUUGAUUAUGAAGACCAAGCCAGUAAACUACAGAAAAACUUUGACCAGUUGCUGCAGCUCAUUGAAAGGUCGAUACCUACAAUAUGGGAUGGCAGUAUGGAGGGCACGAAUCAAACCAGUCAGCUGAUAACUGGACCAGAUGCAACGGUGAAUAGCAUUCUACAGUCUAUGCAACAGGAAAGGCAACCAAGAGAUGAGCCACAGUUAGGUAGCCACUUGAGGAUUCCUCCUACAAUCAACAAAAAUAAAAAUUGGAAGACAUGCAUUUGAUGAAAUGAAAGAAUAAAUGAUCAUGUUGAAAUAUUUCUUUAUAGUAGAGGACUCAUAGAUACAUAAUCAUUUUUGUAAGGAAUAUUCAUUGUUUUGAACAGUGGUAAUUAAUUUAAACAAAAAUCAACUUAAAUCUUGUACCAUUUCUUGACAGUUCAAACAUAUUUGAUGUUCAAUUAAACAGUUUGUUGUACUACAUGAAAUCAUGUUUUGGUAUAUUGUGCUUGUGUAUCAAGUGACUGGGUCUGAAAGCAACUUGUCUGCUUUACAGUAUGGUCAGCAUGAAAAUGACACAACCUACAUUGGUUGUGUAGACAUA